UCAGAAACUAAACUACACUCGCGUUGUAAUUUAAAACAAAUCAACAAUGUUUGUCAAAGCUAUAUCUCUCUGCCUGCUGAUGGCACAUUUAUUGGGGCAAUCUUCAGCGGCUACAAAAUUAAUUGGAGCCAAGAGUAUAGACAUACUAUGGAAUGAACAAAGUUUCCUCACAUUUUGGGAUGGAAUUACUAAUUUUCUUUUAAAAAACACAAUUAGCGACCCGCAUUUUCGCAGCACACCUACAAAACAUGAAAUAGUAAACAGGCUUGAAAAGCAAAUAAACGAAGGAAACUACAAUUUUGAUUAUACAGACAGGCAUGAGGUUUGGAUUGUAUUCGAAAAUUUUAUGAAAAAUUUACAAAAUCCUAUUGUUCCUGAAAGUACGGCCAAAAUUGUAAAACAAUGUGAUGAUUUUGAUAAAGUGGGGCCUGGUUUAGAGGCUUUGAGCAAACUUUCCGAAAAAGCCAAAAAAUUCAUUGUUUUACUCUGUAAAUUUCUCCGGCGAGUUUAUUUGAUGAAAAAUAUUGCUUUUGGUGCAGAAAUGGAUGCGUGGCUUACUCCCAAGAAAGAAAAUUUCCUUAGGAAAGCUUUAUGCCUUGAAAAUGAAAGCGGGAAAUUGGACAAAAUUCAAACCAUUUUUAUAUACGAUGAAAUGAGCAAGAGCUUUGGAGAUGUGAUUAAUUACAUGAACCAACAUUUUUAUGUGAUCAAGCUACCUGGUGUUGAAUCAACAUGCAAGAUCUUCCACAAUACGAAUGUGGCCAGAUGCUGGAAUUCAAAACCAUUGCAAGACUUUUUGCAAAAGUCCUUGACUUUCAUGAGAGAAAACUGUCUUACGUUGGAGGGUUUCUUUAAAAAAGAUGCUAAAGUAUCUGAUAAGAAUGCACUGCAACGCCAAAUCGAAAAUGGCUUCAAUGACUUUACGCAAAUUAAAAAUAAGCAUCUGCUCGUUCAAAUAUUCAAACGCUUUCUGACUGGAUUCAAAGAACCAAUCAUACCAAAUGAUAUUGCCGUCAUAAUCAGAAACAUCUCAGAGGACCAAAUUCUGCAAAAGUUGAAUGCGGUUCUUGAUGUACUGAAUGAGCUUCCGAAUGCAAAUAAAAUUUUAAUCGAUAAGGUUUUACGGCUUAUGAGAGAUGCCGCAAAUGUAGCCAGCAAUGAUAUGGAUGCGUCUGCAUUAGCAAUAAGGGUAGAUCAAUGCUUCUCUUUUCCAACAACCUUGACGGGAAUUAUCAAUGUGAAGAGACAAGAAAAACCGAUGAUGGCUCAUCUUAUCGCUAAUUGGGGCGAUCAUAUUCACCUAGAUGAUUAUCUUGACUUUGUGCAGAGAAAAUGAGUUUUAUCUAAUAUGUUAAACAUGUAAAUAUUUGUUAUCAUAAUUAUCGCCAAUUAUUAUUUAGCCAAGAAUUAGAUUCCAGGAGUUUUUUUUAAUAUAACCAGUUUGUUUACUAAAGCAAUUUCAAAAAAUCUGUAACUUAUGCAUUUUAGCUUGAAGUUUUUGUUUAUAUGCGGUGGAUUCUUCAGCAAAUUAAAAUAAUCUGUCAAAGUAUUGAAUCGAAUGAAGUUUCCAAAUGAAA